AUGGCACGUCGAAAUACAUAUCUUGCCAUCGCGCUCGGCGCGUUUUUCAUGUUUUCCCUCUAUUUGUACAAUGGGAUUGACACCGGAUCGGAUAUGCGAAUUAAGCGGCAGGAAUAUGUGCAGAAUCUUCAAAGCAAGUUGGGGAAAUUGGAAGAGAUCGCGAAAGCCAAUGAGAAAACUAUAGAGCAACUCGAAAAGGAAUUGAAGGAGGCCAAAGUUGAAGUCGAGAAUUCGCGGAGGAAUGCGAUUGAGGAAGAGGUUAACGACGAAGAUGAAGAGAAAAAUGUUGGAGCCGAGCCGAAAAUCGAUGAAGAGAUUGAUGAGCGACGCGGGAACAAAGUGGCUCAUGUUCACGAGGUCCUGCAGCGAAAUCAGAAAACAACACCGUCAAUGUCGAAUGUAUGCGGAAUUCGCGAGAAUGUGAGCUCGCCAAAUACGGAGCUUCAGAUGCUCGAUUUGUACGAAAAUUGGGCAUUCGACAAUCCUGACGGCGGAGUUUGGAAGCAAGGAUUCCCGAUCACCUAUGACGCGGAAAAGGUGAAAUCCGACGAGAAGCUCGAGGUGAUCAUCAUUCCGCACUCGCAUUGCGAUCCCGGCUGGAUUUUCACGUUCGAGGAGUACUAUCAACGCCAAACGCGCAAUAUUCUCAACGGAAUGGCGAAACAUUUGGAGGCGAAAGAAUCGAUGAAGUUCAUCUACGCCGAAGUCUCGUUUUUCGAGUUGUGGUGGCGUGAGCAGAAUGAGGAGACUCGUAAUCGAGUGCGCAAAUUCAUCGAGGACGGAAAAUUGGAGAUUGUCACUGGCGGAUGGGUGAUGACCGAUGAGGCGAACGCGCAUUAUCAUUCGAUGCUCGUCGAGCUCUUCGAAGGCCAUGAAUGGAUUCAGAAUCAUUUGGGCAAAGCCGCCAAACCAAAAUCGCACUGGUCCAUUGAUCCGUUCGGAUUGUCGCCGAGCUUACCGCAUCUGCUGACAUCGGCCAACAUCACCAACGCGGUCCUUCAACGGGUCCACUAUACUGUGAAACGCGAGCUCGCCCUCAAAAAGAAUCUCGAGUUCUAUUGGCGUCAACUCUUCGGCGCCGCCGGCCAUCCGGACCUUCGUGCCCAUAUAAUGCCGUUCUAUUCGUACGACAUUCCGCACACGUGUGGUCCGGAGCCGGCGAUUUGCUGCCAAUUCGAUUUUCGCCGAAUGCCGGAAGGCGGCAAAUCGUGCGAUUGGGGAAUUCCGCCGCAGAAGAUCAACGAGAACAACGUCGCGCAGCGAGCGCACAUGAUCUAUGAUCAGUACCGGAAAAAAGCGCAGCUUUUCCGGAAUAAUGUGAUUUUUGCGCCGCUUGGUGAUGAUUUUCGAUAUGAUAUCGACUUCGAAUGGGACUCGCAAUAUGAGAACUAUCAGAAAUUGUUCGAUUAUAUGAAUAAUCAAAACGAAUGGAAUGUGCACGCGCGAUUCGGCACCGUUCGCGACUAUUUCGAGGCUCUCGACGCGAAAUUGAAAUCGAGCGAAACGAAAUUGCCGACGUUGACCGGCGACUUUUUCACGUAUGCGGAUCGCGACGAUCAUUAUUGGAGCGGAUAUUUCACGUCGCGUCCAUUCUACAAGCAGCUUGAUCGCGUCCUUCAACAUUAUUUAAGAUCUGCCGAACUCGCGUUCACAUUGGCGUCGAUUGAAGAAGAAGGAAUGGUGGAGGCGCCGAUCUUCCAGAAGUUGGUGCAAGCGCGACGAGCUUUGUCUCUAUUCCAGCACCAUGAUGGUGUGACGGGAACGGCGAAGGAUCACGUUGUAUUGGAUUAUGGGAAGAAAAUGAUUGAGGCCCUUCGAAUGUGUGAAGAUGUGCUUUCGGAAGGUCUCACGAUUUUAUUGGGAUUGGACACGACGAAACCGAUGCAGCUCGAUGAGUAUCGCGAAAAUGAGAGUGUGCUGCCGAAGCGACGCGUUUAUUCGAUUGGGCAAAAUGUCGUCGUUUUCAAUCCGUUGGCUCGAAGCCGACCGGAGCCGGUGUGCAUUUACGUGAGCUCGGCAGAAGCCUCAAUCGAAGCCGAGCCGCCAAUCGAGAAUCAGCAAAUUUCGCCGGUGUUCAACUAUGCGCAAAAUUCGCUGAAAAUUGACGACAACGUGUAUGAGCUCUGUUUCGCCGUCAAUCUCGGACCAAUGACGUCGGCGAGCUAUCGAAUCGUGUCGGACGCGACGCGCGUGCACAAAGUCGAGAUAUUAUCGAAUUUGAGCGAGCUAAAAGCUCCCGGCUUUGAUUUGAAAGAAUUGGAACCGAGCAUUUCGAUUGGCAACACGAAAGUGACGGCGAUUUUCGACACGUCGGGAAUGUUGAAGACGAUCACACAUUCGGCCGACAAGACGCCGAUCGAGAUGAACGCCCAUUUUGUGCAUUACGGCGCCCGAAAAUCGCAGCGAAAAUUCGCGAACGGAAACGAAGACAACCCGUCGGGCGCCUAUUUGUUUUUGCCCGAUGGCGACGCGAAGCGCAUCGACAACGACGAGAAUUCGCCGAUAGUGAUUCGCGGCAAAUGCGUGAGCCGCGUCGUCAGCGCGCCGCUCAGCGAGCUCCAAGUGCUCCAGACGUACUCACUGUUGGGAGAGCACGACUUUUUGGACAUGGACACCGAAGUCGAUGUCAGAAGCAAAGAGAACUUCGAAUUGGCGCUGAGAUUCGAGACGAGCGUGUCGAGCGGCGACGAUUUCUUCACCGAUCUCAACGGUCUUCAGAUGAUCCGACGGAAGCGUCAAUCGAAAUUGCCGAUCCAGGCGAACUUCUAUCCGAUGGCCGCCGGUGUGUUCGUCGAGGAUGACAAAACGCGAUUCACAAUUCAUUCGGCGCAAGCAUUGGGUGUCGCCAGCCUAAAAUCGGGCGCCGUCGAAAUCAUGCUCGAUCGGCGACUCAGCUCCGAUGACAAUCGCGGCCUUCAACAGGGCGUUCGUGACAACAAACGGACCGUCUCGCGAAUGCGACUGCUCGCGGAGCCGAUGAAUGCCGGCGGUCACGGCGACAAGGAGCGCAUCGGAUUCCAUUCGGCUGUCAGCCACUAUGCCACGUGGUCCCUUCAUUAUCCCGUCGUUAAAAUGAUGGCUGAAGCGACGCCGAAGCCGAUAUCGAUGAAGAACUUUGAAGCGGAACUCAAUUGCGACAUUCACGUUGUCACCAUGAGAACGAUGGCGGCGCCGACGGCGUAUGAGAGCGCGGACAUGUCGAUGGCGGCCGAGCGGAAAGCGGCGUUGGUCGUGCAUCGAGUUGUGCCGGAUUGUAGAUCAAAGCUGAAAUUGCCGGAUGAAAAGUGCGCGUUUGAAAAUGAACAGAUUUCGCCAAUUUCCCUUAUAGGGACCAUUAAAGAAGCGCGCAAUAGCACAUUGACGGCGUUGUAUGAAGGCGAGAAAAUGACGAAAUUCGAAAUCUUGCCGAACGAUGUGAAAUCGAUCAUCAUCUCAUGGUAG